GGCGGCGGCCGCAGUCGCAGGAAUAUGCUGGAAGCCGGCGGGCGGACGCCCGGGCGGUGCUGAAGGGACAGUUCCUGCCGCCAAACUUGCCCCGCGGCGGCAGGGUGGGUGGGGCGGCCCCCGAGCCCGCGGGGGCACGUGAGCGAUGGAGACCAUCUGGAUCUACCAGUUCCGCCUCAUCGUGAUCGGGGACUCCACGGUGGGCAAGUCGUGCCUCCUGCACCGCUUCACGCAGGGCCGCUUCCCCGGGCUGCGCUCCCCCGCCUGCGACCCCACGGUCGGCGUGGACUUCUUCUCCCGCCUGCUGGAGAUCGAGCCGGGCAAGCGGAUCAAGCUGCAGCUGUGGGACACGGCGGGGCAGGAGCGCUUCAGAUCGAUAACACGAUCUUACUACCGCAACUCAGUUGGUGGGUUUUUGGUGUUUGACAUCACCAACAGACGAUCUUUCGAACACGUGAAAGAUUGGCUGGAGGAGGCAAAAAUGCACGUGCAGCCGUUUCGGAUUGUGUUUCUGCUGGUGGGGCACAAGUGUGACUUGGCUUCACGACGUCAGGUGACGAGGGAAGAAGCCGAAAACCUGUCCGCAGACUGUGGUAUGAAGUAUAUAGAAACCUCCGCCAAAGACGCCACAAAUGUCGAGGAAUCCUUCACCAUCUUGACGAGAGACAUUUAUGAGCUUAUUAAAAGGGGGGAAAUUUGUAUUCAGGAUGGCUGGGAAGGGGUUAAAAGUGGUUUUGUUCCAAAUACUGUGCAUUCUUCCGAGGAGGCAGUGAAGCCCAGAAAAGAGUGCUUCUGCUGACUUCAGACCAGCCAAAGAACGGCGGUGGAGAGACUGGGGGUCAUCUCGGGAUAAGCACCAACAUCACGGUCACGAGAAAGAUUCCCGCCCGCCUCCACCCUCCUUUGGAAGGUAUUUAAUUCAGAUUGCUAUGCUUCCCUGCUACACUACCACACUGGGUAUUUUGCUCAGUUAUCAGGCAAAGCAGACAACUUUUUCUUGAAACUUGAGCAUCUACAGAAUUACUCCCAUUCCCACAUCGUUAGCGUAUAGCUCACUUUAAUGUCCACGUAUAUCCAUAUUACUCAUUUUUCUUGACAAUUAGAAAUGAGUGUUUUGGGGGUAUACAGUCCGACCGGGAAGAUUGUAUCAGGCCUUGCAUUCUCAUGAGUUAAUUUGUUGAUAUGGAAUAGUAAAGUGGAUUUCAGCGUGCACUGUUGGCUUACAAAGUAAACAAUCUCAGACGUGUCAUCAGCUGGGACUAAAAUAACACUUCCUUGUAUAAGGUGCCGCGUUUUUAACCAUUCUGUGAAAUGUUUAUCCUCCCUUAAUUUGCCUGAACAUAACAAAAUAAGUUUUAUACUCUUUUUUGUUCUCUUAUUUACUGCUCCUCAUAAUCUUAUGUUUUAUAAAGAUAUCUAAGGAUCCAAGCAGAAUAUUUUAUUGCAAAUAUUUAUAAAAAUAAAACGAAGGACCGUUCAUCAGCUUAUGUUUUAAUGUUAUAGUAUAUUGUCCUUGUUUAGAUAAGAAAAACAAAUUUAUUUAUGUACAGGCAUUUUCAAAGAAAGUAAAUGCAACUUGCCAUGAACUAUUGUUAAAACUAUUGAUAUAAGUAAAUAUGGAAGGUUUUUAGAGAUCGCUUUGCUGUCCACAUAAGUUUCUGAAUUUCCCUAUUUCUGGUACAAGAUAAUUAUACAAAAUAUUUCUGGACAAAGAAGAUUGGUUAGAUUGUUUGCUAUAUUUAGCAUUCAGAUUGCAUUUCAGUAAAAUUAAAGAUAAAAUAAUGAGUUAGGGCUGCAAAAUGACUUCUGAGUUUUCUAAUUUUUAAUUUAUUGAUUAAAUUCUCCUCCUGAAGGGACAUUGUGAUCACAAACUCAUAUUUUAUAACCUACAUUUCCAUUCUCUUAACCAUCCCUCAUCACAGAGGGGCACCAAAUGCAGCCCCCUUCCUGAAAUCAUGGUUUUACUGUUAAAAUAGUAUCUCCAUUUGUUUGAAAACCAAAGUGAUAUGAUGGAAAGAAUAUUUAACGAAAAACCAGAAAACCUGGGUCCUAAACUUGCCGUUUCUGUACCAGUACUUGGGCAUGAGUGAGUCGCUUAACCUCACUGCAUGUCAGUGCUCUCCACUGUAAAAUGAGGCUAAUAAGCCCAUUUGUUUUGCUUCAUGGGAUUAUUUUGAGAAUCAAGUGCAUUGUGUGAAUAGCUCCAUAAAGAAAAAGCAUUUUGCAAAGAUGAGCCUGGUAUCAGCUGCUCCUGAGCAUACUAUUAUUAUAUGUACAACGGUUGAGAAUUUUGUUUUCUCAUGUUCUUUCCUUUCGUCCCCACAUUCUGCAGAGGGAGCAGAAGAAGGUGCAUGCUUUUGUGGACCUGGGGGGGCCUCUCUUGGUUUCGUGUAUGCCCUCCGCCCUCUUGCUCUGAAACUCCGCUCCUCCACUGUGGAAAUAAUAGGGAGGGAAAUCCCAGGAGACUUAAUUCAAUCAGAAGUCAUGUUUGAAUGUGGGUUUUGUGCAUCUUUGAAGUAGGUAUUUAAUUUAAAUACUUGCACAUUUUCUAGGUUUGUGGAAGUAUUUCUAGUAGUGCUUAUGGAAAGAAGAAUAUAAAUUAUAACAUCACUGUAAUAUCGUGAGGAGUUCUAUUGCCAACAUUUUCUUGAUAUCCUUGUAUUAAUUUCACUCGAGGGAGUUCAAACUGUAAUUGAUCAGAUGAGAAGAGCUGUCCCCCAAACCUGAAGUCAUCUAUUUUCACUGCGACAGUUGUAAAUCUCGGAAACUGAGUAUCUAGCAACAAUUUAAAGUACAGGGCCCCUGUGCCUACUUGUAAAGCUAAACUAUAAAAUAUGACUUAACUUUCUUUUUUUUUUUUUUUAAAGAUUUAUUUAUUUGCCAGAGAGAGAUCA